AUGUCAAAGGUCAAGGAGUUCUACAAAAAUCACAUCCAAAGAGAUAUUGGUCUCUACUCGGUUAUAGGGUCAGAGUUUUGUAACUCAUGGAUGCUUGUUUCUUGUAAAUUACUAGAAACAAGUGAUCCUGAUUCACCUAUACAUCCUUUCCAGAUUUUGUUUGUCAGAAUGGUUAUAACGUAUGCUGCCUGUAUACUAUAUGUUCUACUCAGAAAUGUGGAAAAUGCUCCUUUUGGUCCUAAAGAGGUAAGAUGGGCGCUGGUAUUGAGAGGAUUCUUUGGAUUCUUUGGAGUCAUUGGUCUAUACUAUCCCUUAAUGUAUCUUUCAGUUUCAGAUGUGAUAGUUAUUCAGUUUUUAGCACCAACAGCCACAGCAUUAAUAGCUUAUUUGUUCUUGAGGGAAUACUUUACAAAGUUGGAAGCUUUAAGUGGGUUGAUCUCCUUAGGUGGUGUUUUACUAAUUGCUAAACCAACUUUCCUGUUUGGAGAUUCUGCAAAUUCAUAUAUUGAUGAUAAAGUUGAAAGCAGCGAUCCAACCCAACGUCUUAUUGCAAUACUUGUUUCCCUAGUUGGUGUUGUGAGUGGUGCUUCUUCUUUGGUUACAAUUAGACAUAUUGGUGAUAGGGCAAACACAGUGAUUAUGAUUUCAUAUUUUGCACUAAUAACCGCAAUAUUAUCAUUUUUUACAAUCAUCUUAACCCCAUCACUUAGCUUUAAGAUGCCAGGAAGUGCAAGUCAAUGGGGGUUACUCCUACUAAUUGGAGUAUCUGGAUUUUUCAUGCAAUUUUUGAUGACAUUUGGGGUUCAGUACGAGAAGGCAUCGAGAGCUGCAUCGAUAAUGUAUGUCCAGAUAAUAUUUGGUAUCGCCUGGGAGUUUCUAAUAUGGCACCAUUUGCCAAAUAUUUUGAGUUGGUUAGGGAUAAUAAUUAUAUUGAGUACAUCAUUUUGUGUGUUUUAUUUUAAAAAGAGGGAAGAUGACGAUAUCCCACACAGAGUUCUUGACGAAGAGGAAGAUUUUGAUUCUUCUGUCAUUGAAAGUCAUGAAGAAUUCGAUAUUCCGAUGAAAAAGCUUCAUAAGGUUGAUGGGUAA